UCAAUGAAGUUUAAGGUUUAAGCGCAUCGGUUAUCUUGAAUAGGUUUAUUUACAAUUCGUUUGGGAAAUAUUGUAUUGAUUGGAAUACUUAUCGUGAUAUGUCAUAUAUUUUAACAUGCUGCAUAUGAUAUUAAAUUUGGCGAUACUACUUUUCAAUGUCAUAAUAUAAACGGAUGAAAGUUCUUUAACUUAAUUUGUGACUUCUACCAACGAUACUUAUAUGCGAGUGAUUAGUUAAACAACUGAACAUGUGUCCGCUUAUUGUAUUUCGUUAAAGAUGGACAAGAGCAUUGGUCAUUGUGAAAUACUACAGCACGUUAAUGGCAACCCGUUUUUCAAUUGUGUAUGAAGGGGAGCACGAGGAAAUAUGUCAGUGCGUGCACGAGCUUCAGGUCACGCUGGAGGUGCACGGAAAAUGGGUGAAAACGGAAAAGCUACAAGACUGGAACGACAAAGACGAGCAUGUGCAAACUGUCUUGUUCGUCGCGGAUGCCGAGAGAGAAGACUUCCAUACAAAGGUCCGGGGGAAGUUUGUGAAGACCUAUAAGAACAGCUAUGUCGUGUUGACCUAUCCGCUUGAACUGGAGCAAGAAGUGAAGAGGUCACUGAAACAUAUCAAGACUGAAUUAAAAGAAGCGAUUAACAAGUCAGCAGAAGGCAGCCGGACAUCUGAUGAUGUGAAUAACGCUUUAGCCAGGAUCGAAAAAGUGACUAAUAUUACAAAUGUGUCGUCUUGGCUACCGAAAAUUCUCAGAGAAGUCUGUAAACCUCCGAAGAAUACGCCCUCAGCAAAAAAGGAAUUUGCAGUGUUUUUCAAGAUUAACUUAGAUUCGGAAGCAGAAAUGGCUUGGUUUGGUGAACAACGAACCAUAUUGGAGAAGGUAUUUGAGCUCAGCUGUCGUUAUGACAACGGAGAAGUUGAUGAAGACCGUUACAUCAAAUAUUCCACGUGUGUUGCCAUGUUUGUCCAAUCCAGCAUAAACUUCAGUGACAGUCUAAACCAAGGCAAUUUGGAUAAAAUUAAUGAAGAAAAAAUCAAAUGCAUCUCUACGAUGAGAACAAAGUGCGAGGCUGCCGGAUGUACGCUGCUGGUCUUUCUGAGCGAAUCCAACAAGAAUUUGGAAACACAGCUGGAGGUUGACCUUGCCAUGACUCUGGAAGGCACAAAUGGACUGACGUCAUACUGGCUCUGCCUCCUCAACGUCCUUGGACAAGUGAACGUUGUAAGGCAGCCAGAUCAGACAUUAUACUCUGAUGUCUGUUAUGAACAGCCAGCCAGCCGUUUUAACCCUGAACGUGAACGUUACAAGAACGUGUUUUCUCAGGUGUCUAGUCAACCCGCAACAAACAUACCAGGUCUGGAGCGGACUCUAACACUCUCGGGUAUCCAAGCUCCCAAAAAAACCGACUUGAUGCCUGGUCUCACUUUCCGGUGGGGAAAUGGUACUUCUGGUCAUCAUAGCAACGUCGACGGUGUAUAUCCGCUGAGGCGGCUAGCUUGUUGCAGCCGUUGGCACUAACUUAUCAGUUAGAAGACUCAUAUUUAUUAUAUACAAGCUAUGUCUGAAUUUUUAA